CAGUGCGUUUUCUCUUCCGCCCUCACUGUGCUUUCAUUUCCGCCCAUCGCCUGCGCAGCGACUUGUUCCAUCAUCCACCUUCUGACGGCCGGACGGCGCGGUGGCUGACGGGAAGGUGAAUCCGGGAGACUGACUGAGCGCUGAGCCGGGGCAGGAGGCUGUGUGUGUGUUUGGCCGUUCUCUCAGCCCGGGGUUACCAGCAGUCGUAGGCAGCGCAGCUGGGGUGCGGUGUCCCCAGGAGUGACCGGCGGGGGAGUGCGCCCCGGGCGGAGACACCUGAGCUAGGGGCGGAACCGUACCGGGGAUCGACAUGAGCGGCACACCCGAGCUCUGCGGCCCGGGAUAAGGGGACGAGCAGAGGUGUACUUAUCCAUCCUUAAUCAAGACUAUACAGUAUGGAACCUGAAAUUAUUCGAAUGUAUUCUUCAUCCCCACCUCCUCUCGACAGUGUUGCGGAUGAUGAUGAAGAUGAUGAAUUCGGAGAGUUUGGUGGCUUUGCUGAAGUCAACAACUCUGGAAUUAGUUUUUCUGAUUUCGACGCAGUCGGUUACCCUAAAUCUCGGGAGGAGUUUAUCCCGUCAAACCACUUUUUACCGAUACAUGAUUACUCGGAUAAUGUAAAUAAUUUCACUAGCCUUACCUCUAUUAAAGCCAAUGAGAACAUUUCUGAGAUAAGUAGCUCUAAGAAGGGACAUUGUUCUGUUUUCGAGACAAAUAUCGCCCAUUUUAAUGAUGCUGCACUUGAUAAUAAAGGGACCUCAGGGGAGAACACAACAUAUUUAAAUUCGGAAACCCAUCAUAGUUGUGUUGACAAUGCAGAUGUAAUAAGUAGGAGUCAGGAUCGAAUAGGUAGCACUUGUAAUGGAGAUAAAAUACAUAGUCUGGAAAAUCUAACUAAUGGGUUUGCCGUGAUCGAUUCUGACAGCCCUCAGGGAUUACAAGAUUUGGACAGUAUGGGACAUUCAAAGGGAUUUAAAUCCAUCAGUUCUCAUAGUACAGAUUUAAGCAUAGACUUUUCGCCUCCAAGCCCUGGUGAUGACUUUGCUGACUUUGCCACGUUUUCAAGGAAAGAUUCUGUACACUUGGAUGACACAGACCAGCAAGCACACAAGGUGUUGCCUGAAAGACAGGCUCAAAGUGUUAAACCUAUCACUGGAUUGAGUAGAUAUGAAGAAGGCAGCAGCUCUUCUACAGAAGUACUAAAAGACCCAGUCCCUCAAACUGUAGAAGAAACACAUUAUGUCGCUUCAGAAAGUGAUACACUAGCAACUGACAGUGUUCCUUCUCAGGAGACCGUCACACCUAUAUUAGAAACCAAUUUAUCUGAUAGUAUGCAAGCAGUGGAUACCAAAAGAAGUCCUGAUAUUAUACAUAGUAGAAUGGAGGAAGUGUUACAGACUGUUGGUGAAAUGCGUUGUACUACACCUGAAAAGUCACUGGAAAGAUCGGAGGAUGUUAAGAAGGUAGAACUUGAUUCACAAGAUGGACAUACCAACAGUUUCAAUGUUUCUCCUGAUCAGUCACAAUAUGAUAGUACAGUUGGAGAUUUAGAUGCUGCUAGUGAAAAGACACCUCAAACUCUGACUGACCACAGCAAGUCAGAUAAGAUGCACUUACAUGAACCAUUAGAACUGGAUUCAGAUGUAAAGGAAUUGAAUAGUUUUGAUGAUUUUGAGGAUACAAACAACCUUGCUUUUCAGGAGAAGCAGGCAGACCCUUCAGAGACGCUGGAGUUGCACGAUGAGACUGACAAAUGUUCUCAGCUGAGGCCUUGCGAGGAACCUUCCUUGACCACAACUGAGGAAUGCAACAUUGUAGAAGUCUCUGAUGAUUUUGCCGACUUCAGUACGGCAGGCAAUAUUGAGCAGCCUGCAGAGUGGAAUGCCUUUGAAGAUGAUGAGGGAGAAAGUCCUUCCUGGGCUGCCUUUGGAGAACAGAAGACAGACUCUCCUGCAGAGUCUGACUGGCAGUCAUUUAGGACAGAUAUGCCCUCUGGAAAUGAUGAAAAGGUUUUGAACACACAAAGUGUUGAGUUGCCGGCGUUUCAUGAAUCUGGAUCCACGUUCAUUUGUGAAGAUCCAACUUUUGCCUUUCAGCAUUCAUUGUUGAGCCGUCUAGAGCGAGUUAUCCAGGCCUGUUUUCCUCCUCCUCCUGUUACCGAUAUAGAAGAGAAGAUAUGUUCAUUGGAUGUUCUGCUGUGCCCGGAGCAGCGGGAGGACACUUCACAGUCCCUGCCUCGUGCCAGCUUGCACACAGAAGUGUUGGACAUAUGGACUGAGCUGCAGGAUAUUCAUGAUGCCUACGGACUGAAGUAUCAAUGGGGAGGAUCGCAUAGCAACAAAAAGCUCCUGUGCAGCCUUGGAAUCGACACAAGGAACAUACUUUAUACAGGCAACAAGAAGCAGCCUGUCAUUGUCCCCAUGUAUGCAGCUGGCCUGGGUAUGCUGGAACCAACUAAGGAACCUCUAAAGCCUUUAUCUGCUGCCGAAAAAAUAGCAUCAAUAGGGCUGUCUUCUCCUGUUCCUCCAGAUGAUGGCGUUUGUUCUCCUGAUCAGUUGCAGGAAUCCCUCCCACCUGUCCAGUUUGACUGGAGUAGCAGUGGCCUUACCAACCCUUUAGAUGCUAGUGGAGGUUCCACUCUUCUGAAUCUUGAUUUCUUUGGACCCGUGGAUGACAGUGGCUAUAGCAGCACCGCCACCAUGCCAGGUGUGGAUCCCGAGUUGUACGCAUUGACGACAUCAAAAGUGGAAUCAUCCAGCGCCAGCAGCAAGGUGACUGAUGCGUUUGCAAGACUCAUGUCUACAGCGGAAGCCACAAGCACAUCUGCAAGGAAACCUAGAAGGGACGAGAACCUUAGUGAAGAGGCUGCGAAAGUCAUCGCCAGCCUACCCGACUUAUCUUUCAUGCAUGCAAAGGUGUUGAUGUUUCCAGUCUCACUAACACCUUCAACAAGUUCACAACACAAGGUAGACUGAUUACACAAAAAUGAGGAAGGAAACUGCAAAAAAAAAAAAAAAAAAAAUCCAAAUUGCAAUGGGUGUUAUAUAUCCAAACUUUUUAAAGUGGAUUAAAGUGUUCUUGCUGUGACAUAAAAUCACUUCAGCUGAUUUGUUGGUGAGCAACACUAUAAAGCGUAAAUACAUUCUGAUGUAUAUUUCAACACUGAAUACUCCAUUUAUAUGAGAAAUCUUCAACUUAAUUUGUAUAUAAUAGCGACGGGAACUUUUUUUUUUUUUUUUAUGUGCUGGGGGUACAUACACUGGUGGAUCCUUUUUUACAAAAUUAAAAAAGAAAUUGAAGAGACAAAAGUGAACAUGCUAAACCUUCACUGCCUGUGAGCCUGUCCCGGUGACUUUUUUUAUUUUAUUUUUUAUUUCUCCUUUCUCCCAGUUGUAUUGAAAUUAUUGUACUGUUACAUUUAAAUGUUCAGUGUUUGUUCAUUUUGUGUUAAUUUAAAUUCUAACCUAUGCUGAGCUGAAACUGCAAAAUCAGUUUAAUCCAUUUUCUGAUGGCGUCCGCGUUGCUGGCAGUGGACGGGUUAGGGAAACACAGCCAGGGCAAGUUGUACUGCAGGGUUUUUACAAUCAUAUCAGUUCACGUCCAUCCGGGUGUCUUUCCUGCUUAGUAACCUUUUCUGUGUGUGGGCAAUAAAAUUGCAGGUGAUUUGGGGACUUAAUCGACUAGAUUUUGGGUUAAGAAGGACCAAAAUAACAUGAUUGUGACUAUGAAGAAUUUGAUUACUGUUCUCGUUUAGUUUGUUUGCGUCUGUUGUCGUACCACUAUCCUUCUGAUUUGCACAGUGUAAAAAAUAAAAAAAUGAGCAUAAUCAUAGGUUGCUAUGGUUUAGGCUGUACAUAUGUUGAAGACUUUGGGAUGUAAAUUAAUGGGAAAAUUCCUAUGGAAAAAAAACAAAUUUGAUCUGUAGCAGCAAGGUCCAUGUGCAUGCCCAAGUUCUUUUGAAAUGUAAGCGUGUACAUUCUCUUUUAGCUUACACAAGAAUAAAUAAAAAAAACAAUUUUAAA